UGCUCUCCACUCUCCCUGACUGUAAAUCCGAUAGUAUAGCAAUCCACAGUUUAGGGUUUUUGUUCUCAUUUCUUCACUUUUUCUGCGAAAACGAUUUAUUAAAGAGAAGAAUAGUGCAGAACUGAAUAGAAGUGGGUUAUAACCCUUGGGAGCUCCACCGAUGGACCUUUCUCUCCUUCUUCCCAAAUCUUCCCCCACUUCAUUUCUCUGUCCUUUCAACCCCCCAAAGCUCCAGAGACCAAAACCUGUCUCGCUUCGCGUCACAAGAAAACGCAGACUUAAAAUUGCGGUGUUUCGUAAUGAUGUUGAAGGGUCAGAGAGUAUGGGGAAAACCCCAAUCAAAGCUGAUAUAUUCGGAGGUGAGAAGGAGAUUUCAGGGGUUCAAAAGCUAGUGGAUAGCAUGCCUUCAUCAGUGAGAUAUGUGAGUUCAGUUGUUAUAGUAGCCGGUGCAUUGGCUUCGGGUUACGGGUUGGGGAUGAAAGUUAAGGGUACUCGAGCUGCUGCUAUAGGAGGUGCUGUUGCUCUAGGAGCAGCUGGUGGUGCUGUGGCUUAUGCAUUGAAUUCUUGUGUUCCUGAUGUCGCUGCCGCUAAUUUGCAUAACAUGGUUGUGAGAAGUGGGGACCCAAGGUCUUUGGAGAAGGAAGCUGUUGAUGAAAUUGCUAAUAGAUAUGGAGUGAGCAGACAGAAUGAGGCCUUUAAUGCAGAGCUUUGUGAUUUGUACAGCCGGUUUGUCUCUUCCGUCCUUCCCCCUGGAGGUGAGAAUCUGAGAGGUGAUGAAGUGGAUUCGAUUAUCCAGUUCAAAAAUUCUCUUGGCAUUGAGGACCCAGAUGCAGCUUCUGUGCAUAUGGAGAUUGGAAGGCACAUAUUUAGGCAAAGGCUUGAAACUGGGGAUCGUGAUGCUGACAUAGAACAGCGUCGAGCAUUUCAGAAGCUAGUUUAUGUCUCAACACUUGUGUUUGGAGAAGCAUCAACGUUUCUUCUGCCAUGGAAGCGAGUUUUCAAAAUCACUGAUGCUCAGGUUGAAGUGGCUAUUCGGGACAACGCCCAAAGGCUGUAUGCUUUGAAGCUGAAUUCAGUUGGAAGAGAUGUUGAUGCGAUGCAACUUAUUGAUUUGAGAGAAGCACAACUCCAGUAUCGCCUAUCUGAUGAGGUUGCUGCUGAUAUGUUUCGGGAGCACGCGAGAAAGUUGGUUGAAGAAAAUAUUACAAUUGCGCUUGAUGUCUUGAAGUCUAGGUCAAGAACAAAGGGACUGACUAAAGUGGUUGAAGAACUUGAGAAGAUUAUCGCAUUCAACAAGUUACUUGUAUCCUUAAGUAACCAUCCCGAAGUUGCUCGUUUUGCUCAAGGGAUUGGACCUGUUUCCUUAUUAGGUGGUGAGUAUGAUAGUGACAGAAAGAUAGAUGAUUUGAAGCUGCUUUAUAGAGCGUUUGUGACUGAAUCAUAUUCCAGUGGGCGCAUGGAGGAUAAAAAGCUUGAGGAUUUGAACCAGCUGAAGAUCAUAUUUGGUUUAGGGAAACGUGAAGCUGAAACCAUGCUGCUGGAAGUUGCAUCAAAAGUCUACCGCAAACGACUUGCUCAAGCUGUUUCCAGUGGUGACUUGGAUAUUGCAACUAGCAAAGCUGCCUAUCUUCAAAAUCUAUGUGAAGAAUUGCAUUUUGAUCCACAAAAGGCUAGUGAAAUCCAUGAAGAUAUAUACAAGCAAAAGCUUCAGCAAGCUGUUGCAGAUGGUGACUUGAGUGACGAUGAUGUUGCUUCUUUACUGCGACUGAGGGUCAUGCUCUGCAUCCCACAACAAACAGUGGAUGCAGCACAUGCUGAUAUUUGUGGCCGAUUGUUUGAGAAGGCUGUAAGAGAUGCAAUUGCAGCAGGAGUAGAAGGCUAUGAUGCUGAUGUCAGACGUACUGUACGAAAGGCAUCUCAAGGCUUGCGUCUUACCACAGACACUGCCAUGGCCAUUGCUAGCAAAGCUGUGCGCGCAAUGUUUACGAACUAUAUAAAGCGAUCAAGGGCAGCUGGCAACCGUACUGAGGCUGCUAAGGAACUUAAAAAAAUGAUAGCAUUCAACACCUUGGUUGUUACCCAGCUAGUAUCAGACAUCAAAGGAGAGUCUCCUGCCCCACCUGAUCCAGUCAAAACUGAACCUGAACCCGAACCCAAACCCAUCGAAGAUGAAGAAGAUGAGUGGGAAUCACUGCAAACCCUAAGAAAGACAAGACCCAACAAGGAGGUUGAAGAAAAACUUGCUAAACCUGGCCAAACUGAAAUAACACUUAAAGAUGACCUCUCUGACAGAGAUAAGGAAGACCUCUAUCGUACCUAUCUCCUAUACUGCAUUUCUGGGGAGGUCACAGUAAUACCAUUUGGAGCACGGAUAACCACUAAAAAGGACAAUUCAGAGUAUCAAUUACUAAACCAACUCGGUGGAAUUCUCGGAAUGACUUCUAAAGAGAUUGUAGAGGUUCACAGGAACUUAGCUGAGCAGGCAUUUAAACAGCAAGCCCAAGUGAUUUUAGCAGAUGGGCAGAUCACAAAAGCUAGACUUGAGCAAUUGAAUGAGGUGCAAAAGCAAGUAGGCCUUCCAUCUGAAUCGGCACAAAAGGUCAUCAAGAGCAUUACCACAACUAAGAUGGCCGCUGCUAUUGAGUCAGCAGUGAGCCAGGGGAGGAUAACUAUACAGCAGGUUCGUGAGCUUAGAGAAGCAAAUGUGGAAAUUGAUAACAUUAUAUCAGAGGGGUUGAGAGAAAAUCUCUUUAAAAAGACAGUUGAUGAGAUGUUCUCAUCAGGGACAGGGGAGUUUGAUGAGGAAGAGGUUUACACGAAGAUCCCAUCCGACCUUAACAUAGACAAGGAUAAAGCUAAAGGGGUUGUUUUUGAUCUUGCCAAGAACCGUCUCUCCAACUCGCUUGUCCAAGCUGUGUCACUAUUGCGGCAGAGGAAUCGAACUGGAGCUGUGUCUUCUCUUAAUGACAUGUUGGCCUGUGACAAGGCUGUGUCUGCUGAGCAACCAUUGUCAUGGCCUGUGCCAGAAGAGCUUGCCGAUCUUUACUUUGUGUACUUCAAGAGCGACCCACCACAUGAGAAACUCUCUCGCAUGCAAUUUCUUCUUGGUAUCAGUGACUCGACUGCUUCUGCACUUAGAGAGAGAGGAGAUUAUGAUGACGAUCUUGGAAAUGAAGUGGACGAGUUCAACUUUUAGAAUAUGCACAUUGCCCUCUUCAUGGGUGGUUUUUGUUGGAUUCUGUUGAGGGGAUUUGCUUGCUUUAUGUAACUGUCUGAACGGCGAGCAGUACCUGCAGUUUUUGGACUUAAACGGAGUUGGGGAUUUGAUUCCAGCUUAUUGAGGUGUAUGUGUAGUUUAAGCCCUGAGAGUAGGUGACUUAAGUUCUCGGCAGAAAGUAAUAAUGUGUUUCAAGGUUAAGAGCCUGUAUGGUAUGUGCUUUUUGUUUACAUUGUGAAAAUUAAAUUAAAUAUAUUUGCAUAUUAAA